GUUUUAUUUUGAAUUAAUAUUGCUAAUAUGUUCGCUAUUACUGGUUCAGUUACCAGUUCUUGUUUCAAAUCAUCUUUAUUGGUACAAGCUAGAAACAAGACGAAAGUUCACUGGGCUAAACUUAAAAGAAAAACAAGUCCAAAGUACAAAGCCCAAAAUCAUUUCGAUGAUUUCUAUGGUUCUGUGUUUGGUGAAAAAUGGGAACCAAUGAAGGAAGCAAUGCUACGCCGCCAAAAGUAUGUGGCUGUUAUUAACAACUAUGGUGACCCUGAAGAAACAGCUGAAUAUCUUGCAAAUAGAGGAGCACAUUGUCUGAAAAACCUAAUGACAGUUCAGCAAGCCUUCCAUAAACAAUACAAUCCAGCUUCAGAUAUGCCUCCAAAAUCUAAUACAGACAAUAAACUACAACAAUACAUUAGUAAAGUUCAAUCGGAUGAUAUAGCGGGCAUAUACCCACAGAAAUUAGAGUUACCUGACACUUUGGAACAUAGUGAUAUGUCCUUAAAUAGUGUACAACAUAUUUCAACAAAUCAAAGUAAAAUGCAAAGUGAAAAUAAUCAAUUAAACAGUUCACCAAUAGAUGAGUCUCGUAUUAUAGACCCAAGCUUAGGAUUGUCAGCUACAGAGGCUCUCUUUCAAUACAUACCAGCCACCAAGCUCAAAGGCAUGGAUGAUUGGUUGCCCGAGUCUGUACAUUACUCAUAUUUGUCAAGCAAUAAAGAUUUUCCAUUAGUGAUAGAUGUGGAAACUGAAUUAAAAUUCCCUGAACACCUUAAAGUAUAUACUUACGAAAUGGACAGCGAGUGGACCAUGUUCCCUGAACCAAAAAGAUGUAAUACAGGUGUAUACAACUACUAUCCGUUAGACUGCGGCAGCGUGAUAUCCGUACUGGCACUAUGCUUGGAGGGUGGCGACCGAGUGCUGGAUUUAUGCGCAGCUCCGGGAGGCAAAGCACUGCUAGCAUUACAGACCCUUCUGCCUGACAUUGUAGUCUGCAACGACUCCUCCAUUUCACGAUCCAACAGAAUGCAGAAGAUGUUCAGUGAUUAUCUUAUAGACUACAAAACGAGUAACAAGUGGCAAGAAAGGGUAUUAAUCACAAAGUUCGACGGAAGAGCUUUCAUGGAUGAUCAAGGUUUCGAUAAGGUGUUAGUCGACGUGCCCUGUACUACUGAUCGUGUCUCCAUGAGGGAAGACGAAAACAAUAUCUUCAGACCGGAUCGCAUCAAAGAAAGGCUGCGACUACCCGAGAUGCAAUCACAGUUAUUACUGAACGCUUUACGCUUGGUGCGCGUUGGUGGCGCAGUGGUAUACUCCACUUGUUCGUUGAGCCCCAUACAGAACGACGGGGUCGUACACAUGGCACUCAAGCGGGCCUUCGAGGAGCACGGAAUACAAGCCUGCGUUAGAGACUUCUCCGCCAGUGUAGCGGGUUUGAGUAGCACCCUCUGCCUCGCGUCGGGCGACUCGGCGCCGCAGUACGGGCAACUAGUCAUUCCCUCUGUGUCCGCUAACUUCGGCCCUUCAUACAUAUCGCGGUUAGUCAGACUUAAAUGAUACCUUACGAGUAGCUAGAUGUCUGUUUUAAUGUAGUAUUGGUAAAUAAUGUGAAGGUAGUUCAUUCGCACAAAAUUAAACAACUAUUAAACAUUUUAAAGAAGAAAUAGCAAUGAAAGUUAUAUUAAAUAAAACAAGUUUCAACGGGU